AUGUCCUCCCUGUGGCCCCCUCAACAACCAAACGAACUCGGCAUCGCCACUCUCUCUCUCGGCAAUUGGAGAGAGCACAAACUCACCCCGCGACUCGAAGCGGCCGCUAAAGCAGGCUACCAAUGGAUUGAUCUCUUCGAUGAGUGCUGGGCCGCAUACCUGGUUGAACAUGGUCUCUCAGGUGAAGAGCUUUGGAAAGCUACCCCGGACAAUCUGCGCGUUGCCCGGAAGUUGGGCGAUCUGGUGAAGUCCCUCGGGAUGCGGAUCGCUUGUACACAGCCUCUGCGCAUGAUCGAGGGUAUUAAAGACCCGGUUGAGCGUCGUGCGACAUUGGAUCUGGUUGCGAAGCGGUUCCCGUUCAUGCGCGCUUUUGAUACCGAUCUAGUUUUUAUGUGUGCUAGUAUUCGCACAGAUAGCGGUGUUACGUCUGAUCUUAAGGUUGUCGCUAAGGAUCUGGGAGAACUGGGUGAUAUGGCAGCGGCAUAUUCUAAGGCCGAUGGUGGGAGGAUGCUGAAGAUUGGGUAUGAGGGGUUAUCUUGGGCGACGAGGAAUACUUGGUCUUCGUCUUGGGAGGCUGUGCGGUUUGCUAAUCGACCUAAUGUUGGUUUGAUUGUUGACGCGUUCAAUAUUCUUGCUGUUGAGUUUGCGGACCCGUAUAAUCCUGCCGGACAUGGACGCAUUUAUCCUAUGCUGGAGGAAUCGUUGGAGGUCUUGACUGGGUCGCUUGCGUCCUUGGCCGCUACCGUUCCUGGGGAUCGAAUCUUUUUCUUCCAGUGUGGUGAUGCCGAGUUGAUGAAUCCUUCAACAUUUUUCCCUCCAGAAGACCCUAGCAUUCCUGCUCUUCUACCUUGGUCGCGCAGUCACCGGCUGUAUCCCCUUGAGCAGUCGCGUGGUGGUUAUAUGCCCGUUGAGCUUGUGGCUGCCGCCGUACUCGGAACAGGAUAUAAAGGACCUAUCUCGCUCGAGGUUUUCAAUGCUUCUUUAAACAAACCUGGGGAUGAUAUUGCGACGACUCAUGCUGUUCGUGGUAUGGAAAGUCUGAAAAAGUUGUAUAACACAGCAACAAAGCUUGCUCCGUUUUGGAAAAGCCAAGUUCAUGCCCAGCAAGCCAUUUCUCAAGUCAUUCAGCGCUUACGCACGACAAGCCAUCGGUUAUGA